AUGGAGAAAGACAGCAGAAGAAAAAACAAUAGAUUGACACAUGACAUUCCAGAAGUGUUUAUGGACAUGCACAGCGCCCCAGAAAAGAUGGCCUGCAGAUCUCUGAUUGAUGCACACCCAGGCUUAGGCCUGGAUGGAUCCGGGCAAUCUAAAGAAGCCCCCAGAGAAAUAAGCAAAGAGGUGUACACUGUCUUAGAAAAGCAAUUUCCAGGAGCCAGCAGAGAGCAGAUCCUUGCCUGCAUUAACGAGGCAAAAGACAUUUGCAAUGCAAAGCUAAUCGAAAUGCAUCGAAAGCUGCGAGAUCUAUAUAUGGUUAAGAUAUUGCCAUUUGAAGCCUGGAUGCAUUUCAGUAAAAGCCAAGCUGUGAUACUGACACAUGAAAUAGUGCAGAACUGUGAACUACAGAAAUACUACUAUGCCACGUUUCCGGAGAUAUUGAAGUGCAAAAUUGAUAUAAUCGAAAGCCGUGUGUCGGAAAACGAGGAGGAUCACGCGCCAGAAAAUGACUUUUCCAUCGACAUCAUGAACAAGCUUGAAAAUUUAUUGAAAAACUGCGAAACCAGAAUUAAUGCCUACAGCAAUACACUAGAAACGCACACACAAAAUAUAUCCAAUUUCGAGCGUAAUAACAAGGGAGACAUAUGUCUAUUUGCCAGAAUGAAAAAGUCUGUAAUUGACUCUUUUAACACCUACUCACGCGAUGUAGCCGCUGUAGCAGCCCAGAAGAUGGAGGCUGCGCUCAGGGCGUCUUCCUUCAAUGGCGAGGAUGUGAUUUCUCUGAGCGACCAGAAUGAAACGUCUGACUUUUUCUUUGCCUGUGAACCAUCCCGUUGUAUAGAUUCAAAGAAGCAGCAGGAAGAUAUUCGCGCAAGCAUAGAAGCUGCGAAGGUAGCGAGUCUAGAAAGAGAACUGAUGUAUAUCAGCAUAGACAAAGAUAUCAAGUCGCUAAGAGCCACAGAAAUAAGAAAAUUGGAAAAGAAAAUCCGUGAGAGCCAGAGCCAUUUGUCGUGGCGGUUUAGUUCUGAUUUGAUCGAUUUGAAAAAGCAAACGCUAUCCCUAAUGAAAAAAUCAGUUAUGAAAUACCACCAAAGCAGCAGGCAGUCCGUAGAAGCAGUUCAGAAGAAAGAAGCCAACCUGAACACAAUUGAAAGGCAAGAAACAGCAUGCAAAAACGCAUACCACAGUCAUGUGCUUUCUGUAAACCAGUUGACUUCUGAUGAGAUAGAGGAAAUAAACAAGCUCAUAGAGGAAGUUGUGCAAGCCCAGAAAGAAACCAAGGAAAAAGUGGCUGUAGGGAAAAAUGAGGAAAAAAUCCUGCUAGAGCAAGAAAUUCGCAUAAAAGAGAAGGAGCUUCAAAAAAUAGCCAUAUCUUCUAAGCUGUUCUGGGAUACGCUUGUAACAAAAGAAAACCCAUACAAAGUGCUGGGCGCCUCCAAAAGUCUUCUAAAUAGAAAUUGUUGGGAGGGGGGUUUGCAUCCCAUCGAUACAAGCUUGUCCAAUGCCGAGAGUGGAAGCCCAUAUGCGCACAAAGACGCAGCGCCGCAGUCUGGCGAUUCUGAUGAACAGAAGCAAGAGAAGACGCCAGGAGUGGAGCUUAAGAAAAAUGCAAAGGGAUGGGAUUUUUAUCUUUUCAAGUGCAUGGCCAUCAAAAACUGUCUAAAUUUUAGAUCGUCAAACACUGCAAUUGAAAACUCGGGUCCGAUUUCCAAAACGUUAAAACACCCAGAAACUAACUUGGAAGGGCGCAAACAAUCUCUUUUAUGCUAUGAGUAUGACUCUGAAAAUCCCACUCAAGCUCUUCUAUGCACAGAAGAUGGCGAUCUUCUAGAAAGCGGCAUGUGCUUCAGCGAAAACCUAUAUACUGGUAGAUCACAAGAAAAAAGAAGCAAUACUAUUUUGUGGGGCAUUUUGGCUCUUGCAAUAGGUGUCUUUUUGAUCUCCGGGACAAUCGUAAUGGGCGUUAGGGCGGGCUUGGUAAAAAUAUAG